CUGAAGAUAUUGGUGAAUGCUUAUAUAAAAUUCGUGAUAAUAGUGUUAGACUAAGACAUUUUCUUGAUGCAAACAAUGCAGAUGAAAUAGAAGCCAUACUCUCAAAUUGCAAAGGUUAUUCCUUACACAAAAUUAUUUAUGGAGAUGAGCUAUUCUGA